AUGUUCAGGGCUUUGCUACAUUUCAGCGCCAUGAACCACGAGAUUGCGAUUUAUCGCGCCGUGGACCGCGCCUGCAGUUUCGCCACGUCCCACGCCCGCCAGAUUCGUGAUCUCACAAAAUUCUACUCUGCCAGGCGCAAGGCCUAUCGACGGGAGUCCGACCGCGGGGAGAAGCCGACGCUUCUCGCAGCUCUCACAGACGAGUGGUGUCAUCUCUGGUCUCACGCUGUCAAUAGGGCACCUCUAUACGAGCGGGAACACUUCGCCUUGUUCGACGACAAGAUGGCCCAGUGGGCUGACCUCCUUCAAGAUGUCGACCUUUUGCUAUCUCCCGGGUUCUGGCCCUAUUCUGAUGACCGCUCUGCACCCCAGCGACCGGAGGAGCAGCAAAUCCAGCGCGAAGAUGCGAAUUCCAAUAAAAAACGCCUUCUCUCCUCUGAAGACGAGGCACCUGACAGUGUCAGCAAACGACACUGCGUUGAGUCGGCCAGGGCCACGGACUGCUUGCCUUCACCUAGUGAUUCGCGUGGAAGAGGCCACAGCUCGAGAGACCUUACACCUGCUCGCACAGAGAGGCUGUCGAGGAUCGAUGAAGGGACACCACAAGCCGACCGAGUACAGGCUGAUCAUGCCGGACAAGACGUCGCCCCAGAGCAGCCUGGGGAGACUGAUCACUCUGCAUACAAGCGAGAUCCACCUGCAGAGAUUGACAAGACUCACAGUGGGCUUGACGGUCACUUGACUUCCAAGGAUGCCUUGUCAGAGAUGGCCGAGUCUCGCGAGGACGGUUUUCAGAGGCUUGAGGCGCCCAGUACUAUUGCGCAAGCUAUUUCCAAGAAUACAGAGCACUCUUUUGCCCUUGAAGGACUUGGAACUCGGCUUCAGGAUCAGAUCAACGGCCAUGGUGCUCGCUUAGACAGACUCGAAGGACGACAAAUACACAACGCCAUGUCGGAGGAGGAUGCAAAGCGGAUCGAAACACUCGAACAGCGCAACAAAGAUCUUGGGGAACAGCUUGAUGACUUGCGUGCGCAAAGCAGUCUGUCAGACGGUCUCGACAGAGAUCGGUUCAAUGCCCUUCAGGACCAGUUUUCAGCACUCGCGCGGCGCGUGGCGGAAUCCGACUCCAGAGCUCAGGCAGAGAGCAAUCACAUCAAGGAAGCAGAACUAACCAGGCAGACUCAGGCCGAACUCAUCGAGACACAGAGCCAGCACAUCGCCAAACUGCAACAGCAGAUAGAGAGCAACCAGCGCGUGAUCGACCUGGAGAAGGAGUUUGAGACCGUUAAGAACCAGUUGACAGAGGUGCAGGCUGCCGUUGAGGGGAAAGAUAUCUUGGGUCGCUCAUUGCGGGAUAGACUGGAGCACUCGCUUGGGUUUGCCCGCGCGAUCCAUGCGAGGGAGGUUUUCAGAACGAGAGAGCAGAUGCUGGCGUCUGCCGAUGUCGUUGUGCAGCUCGAGCGAGCGUUGCAGUCACUGGAGAGGAUGAAAGAGCUGUGA